CCACCCCCCCCCCCCCCCCGCGCGGGCCCGCUGCACUGUGGGUAGGCGGCGGCCACACUGAGGAGCCCGCGGCGGCGGCCGCACUCGCACGGAGGAGCCGGCGGCGGAGCGAGGCUGCGCGCGCCGAAGAUGGCUGAGAAGCAGAAGCACGACGGGCGGGUGAAGAUCGGACACUACGUGCUGGGUGACACGCUAGGCGUCGGCACCUUCGGCAAAGUGAAGAUUGGAGAACAUCAAUUGACAGGCCAUAAAGUGGCAGUUAAAAUCUUAAAUAGACAGAAGAUUCGCAGUUUAGAUGUUGUUGGAAAAAUAAAACGAGAAAUUCAAAAUCUAAAACUCUUUCGCCAUCCUCAUAUUAUCAAACUAUACCAGGUGAUCAGCACUCCAACAGAUUUUUUUAUGGUAAUGGAAUAUGUGUCUGGCGGUGAAUUAUUUGACUACAUCUGUAAACAUGGACGGGUUGAAGAGGUGGAAGCAAGGCGCCUCUUUCAGCAGAUUCUGUCAGCUGUGGAUUACUGUCAUAGGCAUAUGGUAGUUCAUCGAGACCUGAAACCAGAGAACGUGCUGUUGGAUGCUCACAUGAAUGCCAAGAUAGCGGAUUUUGGAUUGUCUAAUAUGAUGUCGGAUGGUGAGUUUCUGCGAACUAGUUGUGGAUCUCCCAAUUAUGCAGCACCUGAAGUCAUCUCAGGCAGAUUGUAUGCAGGUCCUGAAGUUGAUAUCUGGAGCUGUGGUGUUAUCUUGUAUGCUCUCCUUUGUGGCACCCUCCCAUUUGAUGAUGAGCAUGUACCUACGUUAUUUAAGAAGAUCCGAGGGGGUGUUUUUUAUAUCCCAGAAUAUCUCAAUCGUUCUGUUGCCACUCUGUUGAUGCAUAUGCUGCAGGUUGACCCCCUGAAACGGGCAACUAUCAAAGAUAUAAGAGAGCAUGAAUGGUUUAAACAAGAUUUGCCCAGUUACUUAUUUCCUGAAGACCCCUCCUAUGAUGCUAACGUCAUUGAUGAUGAGGCUGUGAAAGAAGUGUGUGAAAAAUUUGAGUGUACAGAAUCAGAAGUAAUGAACAGUUUAUAUAGUGGUGACCCUCAAGACCAGCUUGCAGUGGCUUAUCAUCUUAUCAUUGACAAUCGGAGAAUAAUGAACCAAGCCAGUGAGUUCUACCUCGCCUCUAGUCCCCCAACUGGUUCUUUUAUGGAUGAUAGUGCCAUGCAUAUUCCCCCAGGCCUGAAGCCUCAUCCAGAAAGGAUGCCACCUCUUAUAGCAGACAGCCCUAAAGCAAGAUGUCCAUUGGAUGCACUGAAUACAACUAAGCCCAAAUCUUUAGCUGUGAAAAAAGCCAAGUGGCAUCUUGGAAUCAGAAGUCAAAGCAAACCAUAUGACAUUAUGGCCGAAGUCUACCGAGCUAUGAAGCAGCUGGAUUUUGAAUGGAAGGUAGUGAAUGCAUACCAUCUUCGUGUAAGAAGGAAAAAUCCAGUGACUGGCAAUUAUGUGAAAAUGAGCUUACAACUUUACCUGGUUGACAACAGAAGCUAUCUUUUGGACUUUAAAAGCAUUGAUGAUGAGGUGGUGGAGCAGAGGUCUGGUUCGUCAACACCUCAGCGUUCCUGUUCCGCUGCUGGCUUACACAGACCCAGAUCAAGUUUUGAUUCUGUAACAGCAGAGAGUCAUUCACUCUCUGGCUCUCUUACUGGCUCCUUGACAGGAAGCACACUGUCUUCUGUUUCACCUCGCCUAGGCAGUCACACCAUGGAUUUUUUUGAAAUGUGUGCCAGUCUGAUCACUACUUUGGCCCGUUGAUGAUGUUUCUCUAGUUUGUCUUUGUUAUUGCACUGUGAAAAUCAGAUAUAUUCUUAAAAUCAUUAUUUUACUUAUGGGUAUCACAUCCUCUGGAAUACUGAUCGAGAGUCAUGAAUAUUUCCAGGGGACACUCAAUGCCAUUGACAUUACUGAAAACAAAAAAAGUCUGACAUUUUAUUUACCUGUAGACAUCUGUAAUUCUGUUUUGCCUAUGAUGAAUUCAUAGGCAGUAUCUUUAGUAGGUGAAUGUCGGUGAAGAUUGUUAAUUUAAAAUUGUGAGUUCACUACAGAUGAUUAAUGCACCUUCACCAGUGAACCGUCUCAUCAAAGGAUAGUUUGGCAACACCUCUUUGCUCUACUAUUUAAUGUAGGUAAAUCCAGUUUACUUCCUAAAAAGUGAAGCAGGCUUUAAGUUGUGUUGAUGCAUCCUGUUCUCUUGCACAAGAAGAUUAAAAAAAAUAAUACGGCCAUUAGUAAGUUAGUAUUUAAAUGUUGAAAUCUUAAAGGCUUGUCCCCCAAAUUUCAGAAGCCAAGUUCUUCUAGUAGCUUUAGUGUUUGCAGAUACUGCCUAUUGUUUAACAGAAGGGCUGUGGUCCUGAAACAGGUAACUGGUUUUUCCAGGUUCCUUAAGAACAGCUAUAAUCAGCUCCUGGCUGGGAGAUUUCCUUGAAUAAUUAUCUUAAGAGCCUUCAGUGUUCUACUCAGUAUUGGAACAUCCAGAAUGGCAGCAACUUUUGUGUUUUUCAUAAAUGUUGUAUCAUUUUUAGAAAAACCUUAACAUCAUUUUAAAACAUGCCUUCAAAAGUACCUUUCUCAAAUUAUUUUUGGCUCUAUUUAUUUUUGUAUUUCACUAAGCAUGAUAAAGUAGACAGUUAAAUGAAACAAAGCAAAAUAUCAACAGUCCCUUAAAAGAGAACUCUUAUCUUUGAUUUAAUGUAUGUGGUGGAGAGUUUUGUGUCUGUCCUGUUGUAUCCCACAAUGCUCAUUCUUCAUUUGAAGUUCAAAUUUGUCAUAGCAGCUGUUCCCCUCCCUAACCUUCCCACCACCAUUGUCUUCGUUGUUUGAUCCUUAGUGGCUGAUUGACUUAGCUUUUUUUCUGGUUCCCUUUCUUUGUUCUCUAUCUUGGUUCUAGCCAUCCAGUUUGAAAACACUGUUCUGGCCCUAAGGGCUUUUGUGUACUUCCAAAGCUUAAUAGUCUCUGACCUUGACUGUUGAGGCUGUUUGGGUAGGGAAGCCUUAAACAUUAAAAAAAAACAAAAAACAAAAAAACUCUCGAGUAAAUGUGUGUUGUUUACAUAUAUACAAAUAUGUAUUCACACACCAGUGCUUUUUAAAAGAAAACCAAACAGUUUCUUUGUUUUGCCUUGUGCAGGUUUUAUUUUUUAAAGUUUAAAAAGAAACCUAUCUAUAUACAGCACAGUAGAUAAUAAUAGCUCAUUGCUUAUAUUGUUUUAGUGAAAGUAUUUAAUUUUUAAAUUAUGUGUAAUUUAUCUAAUUUGUAUUUAUCUAUUCAUUUGUUUAAUGUGUUGUAAUUAACACUCUCAUUCACCUGACUUACCCCAGAACAGAUUAAGCUCUUGAAAACCAAGUUUCUCUUUGCCAAAAAUGAUGUUUUCUACCAAGAAGCAAAUGAAAAUGUUAGGAUAAGUUCCUCUUGUGUUUAUGGAAGAUCAGCAUGUCUGUCUUUAAGUAGUUUUGAGUCAGGAGUUUGUAGUGUGUCACAUCAUAUUGGUUUAUAGGACUUUUUAAAAAUGGUGUUAAGAACUUUUAAAUCUGACUUAAUAUUGAAAGGAAUCUGUUCACCAGUUUAGGAAGGAGGGGUGGGUUUACAUUAAACGGUUUUAAGUUUAAGCCUUUGAAAGACUGCCAUCUAGUGGCAUCAAAGGGUACUUUCUGUAGUUGUUUUUACAGGGAAAGCAGUCUGGCUGUGUAUUUUGCUUAGGGCAUAAUUUUGGCCUCUCUAAAUGUGUAAAUACCUCUUUUGGGAAAAACAGGACCGCCUCAUAAUAUUUGCUUGACUAUGAAUUGGUGACCUUAGAGAUAAGGAGUUAAUCUGAGGAGUCCUAUCCCCAGGGACAAAAUCCCUAAUAAUUUUGAAGAUGGAAAAGCAGCAGCAAGGACUACAGUGGCAUUUUAGCUCUCUGUAAGUCAGAUAUUAAAAACUUACAUCAAAAUUAUUUUAUAUGGAUGUUUAUCAUGUUUAUUGAGAAUUAAAAAUAUUUACUAUUUUCAC